AUGACCCCCAAGUCUCCACUGCUGGAAUGGAUCAGUCGACACGUAUCGACCGUAGCAGUAGCGCAAGAUCUCAUUGAUCCUGUAUCGAUUGUUGAAUCGUAUGGUACAAAUGAUCGCUCUAUUGUAGCGCAAAAUGAAUUCGAGGCUGGUACUAAAUUGGUGACGUUACAAACUGGAGCAUUUCUAAAUGGCACUUACUGGUUCGAUAACAAUGGAACUCAAAUUAAAGAGUAUAUACAUUCAUUAAGACUCAAUGGGACAGUGAAAACCACAGUGGCAUUAUUGGCCGAAGUUGCACGAGGUGACAAAAGUGAUUUUAUUGGCUACAUCCAGCAACUGCCAACGACUCUUUCGCUUCCUUUUACAUGGGACAACACCCUUCGAGAUAUGAUUCAACAUACAAGUGUGGUUUCGAUUUUGGACGACAAACUCGUGCUUCAAAUGUACUGGGACUAUGUCGUACCACUGGCCAAGAAGUUUGCAACAAUUUGGCCGCAUAACGUGUGUACGCUAGAAAAAUUUCAAUGGGCGUACUCAAUAGUUUCGUCACGUGCUUUUCAAGCCACAGAUAUGUUGGAGCCAACGCUACUUCCGGUAAUUGAUAUGGCCAAUCAUGAGGCCAACAAACCGGUAGCGCAUAUUGUCAAAACCGACUUUGGUAGUUAUGAACUGAUUGCUUUGCGCAAAGUGGAGAAGGGCGAGUCUGUGACGAUUUCGUACGGCGAUAUGUCGAACGCACAGCUCCUAUGUCGCUACGGCUUUGUGCUGCCCACACUUUUGCCGUCGGAUUCGAUUCACAUUACCAGUUCCGAGCUCACAAACGUUUUUGAAGCUUGCCCAUGGAACAGGGACGAAGGAGAUGAGCAGGCUGAGGAACAUAACCUUUCUUUUGUUGGCAAAGGCAAGGGAACAGCCAAGACUAAAAAUCUGGCCAAGCGUCGAAAACUGGCUCACCCGGAGAACGACGACAACACAUUGUUUUUCUUUCUAAACGGAAAUGCUGAGCAAGAGUUUGGGCUGAGUGAGGCGCUGCUGAGUUUCGUCAUGGCAUCCCAAUUGCCUGCAGAGCGACUUUACGAUGUGUUGGCUAUAAUUCUGCAAGAAAAGGACAAGUGGUACAGCAAUUUGCUCGCGUUGUCUUCAGAUAAUUCCGCCUCCGAUUUGAAUGCUAUCAAGCAGCUCUGCCGUCAUGAACGGCAAGUCUGCCGCUGUGUCUUGUUGGGGCUGAUGUCUCUGGAGGAAAGUUCGGAUUCAAGUGACGAUGAAGACAAAGUUGACAUUGUCUGUAGCUGA